UCCCAGGGUUUCGAACAAACAAAGCAUACAGUCCUGAACCGCAUCUGAGCGCAUACUCAACCUCAACAAGCCCAAGCAAUAUUCAGCGGCUCACAUCGAAAUCCCAGCACCCUUUGACAGCUCACUCUCCGAUCGUUCCAAUCGUACUUCACUACUCAUUUCACACCACGCCAAUGCUGCCUACAACCCCAUCAAAACCACGGCACCAUCGUGCGUCAAUACAACAUAUCCUGCACUGUUACCGUAUACCGCUGGAGAUGAUCAUACACCAAGCUCUAUUCCUCCUUCUUACCAAAAGACACUCUUUCUAUACCCUUCUCUUUCGAUCCGGACUCGUUCCACACUACAUACAUAAUUUGGGCAACCACCGCCACACGUCCUUAAAUCCCCUUCCGCAUGAUGCAUCACUCGCAUAUUCUCUCGGCGUUUUUUAUUUUAUUUUUAUUUAUAGUUUUGCUUCUCGUUCAAUCAUGUAUACGAUUUUUCCUUUCUUUCCCAUUUAUUCUCACCUCUCUCCCGUUAUUCGGGUCUCUUAUAUGAUCCUCGUAUCAUUUCCUCAUCUCUUCCCCGUUAUUCGGGUCUCUUAUUAUAUUUUAAUGUCCCUUUACAUGUCCCUUUACCUUUUUCCCUCCUUCCCUCCUUCCUCCCUCUCUUCCCUCCUCUUCGUUUCUCUUCGUUUCUCUUCAACUCUAAAUAUUUACUUUUUCCACUUUUUAUUACUCAUUAUCCACUUCCUCUGCCCCUUUCCUCUCAGGCAGGAACGCAGCCACUUUUGACCGUGUUUAAUUUGUUUUUUCCUUAACGUCCUCAUGUCUACAUGUCUCUUUUCGAAUAUUAUAUGGGAUUUUUUGUAUGUAUAUUUUAUGUCCAAUUUUGUUAUAUUGUUAUACUGUUAUACUGUUAUACUUGAUCAUACCGUC